AUGACUGAUACCUCAGAGAAUACCCCUCUUCUACGCUCCGUGGACCCGGAGCCCAUCGGCGAGUAUGAAUCGCGCAACCCGCCCGCCCCAAACCCAGCUGAUCACUCUUUGCGGUUCGUAACCACGUUGACAUGGGUAUCCCUCGUUCUGUCGGUGUUCGUCGUCGCAUUCGGUCUGACCGUCAACGUGCUGGAUGAGACGAACGACGGCGAGAGUUACUACAUCCCAUGGGAUCUGCGCGGGACUAUCAGGAUCAUCGCUAUCAUGGCCCUGUCCACCGCACUCAUCUCAUUCUUGAACCUAGUUCGUCUACGUCAAAGCCACAGGGCCCUGUGGCUUUGGCUGAAUCUGGUCUUCGAUUUUGUAAUCGCAUUUUACGCCGUUCUAGGCUCCUGUAUGGGCAUGACUCGUGACUGGUAUGAUUGUUCGCCUGAGAGCCAGGACUGUCAACUUGCGCGGUGGGUUAAGCUCUUCAUCUCCGUGACAUUCGGCUUUGGGUUCGCUUUGGGUAUCAACCACUUGAUCUUGUUCUUAUUCCGUUGCGCCUUGGCGUUUCAGUCUAGAUUCUGGCAGCGUUUGCAGCAUUUGAGGCUUCCGGCCGGACAGUUCACCGUCGAGUUUACGGUCAAGUUUCUGCGGCAGGAGGACCAGAGGAUCGAGAGGGAGCAGAGUCAGUAA